GAAAAAAAACACAAAAUGAUUUUUUAUUUUAUUAUUAUACUUUUGAAAAUAACAUUAGCGUGCGUUGCAUCGCUCGUAUAUAAAUGUCCAUUCCACAGUCAUCAUUCGACUCACUCACUCUUUGACUCGGUUGCCACUCCACCAUGUCUCUCUCACACCUCACCAAUCCUCUCUCUUCCAUUUCUUCAACUUCAGUGCCUGGAUGAUGCUAAAGAAAGAAUCAGGCACAUGUUCAACAAGGUUGAACUUUCUAUUUCUUCAUAUGAUACAGCUUGGGUGGCGAUGGUUCCUUCUCCAACUUCGCCCUGCGCCCCGCUUUUCCCUCAAUGCUUAAAUUGGUUGUUAGAUAGUCAACUCUUUGAUGGCUCCUGGGGUCUUCCUGGUCGCCAUCCUUUGUUGAUGAAUGAUGCUCUCUUAUCUACUUUAGCAUGUAUUCUUGCAUUAAAGCAAUGGGGUAUUGGUGAAGAUCAAAUGGACAAGGGUCUUAAAUUUCUUGAGUCAAAUAUUACCUCAAUCAAUGAUGAGAAGCAACACACUCCCAUAGGAUUUGAUAUACUUUUCCCCUCUUUGCUUGAAUAUGCACAAAAUUUGGGAAUCAAUCUUCCAAUUGGACCUAUAAGCUUGGAAGUAAUGAUCCGUAAGAGAGAGAUAGAGCUCCAGAGAGGGAGUCAAAGCAAUUCAGAAGGGUGGAGAGCAUAUCUAGCAUAUGUUUCAGAAGGAAUGUUGAAAUCACAGGACUGGAGUGAAAUUAUGAAGUAUCAACGAAAGAAUGGAUCUUUGUUUAAUUCACCUGCUACAACAGCAGCUGUUUUUCAGCACCUUAACAAUGCUGACUGUCUUAGUUACCUCCAGUCAAUAUUAGAAAAGUUUGGGAAUGCAGUUCCAACAGUUUAUCCUCUGGAUAUAUAUGCUCGUCUCUGUAUGAUUGAUAACCUUGAAAGGUUGGGUAUUAAUCAUCAUUUCAAAGAGGAAGUUCGAAGUGUAUUGGAUGAAACAUACAGAUAUUGGAUGCAAGGAGUGGAAGAUAUUUUCUUAGACCCCACCACCUGCGCAAUGGCAUUUCGUAUGUUGCGUCUCAAUGGCUAUGAUGUAUCUUCAGAUCCAUUUUAUCAAUACUCUGAAGAUAAAUUUGCCAAUUCCUUGAAAGGUUACUUGAAGGAUAUUGGUGCUGUUUUAGAGCUUUAUAGGGCUUCACAAGUCAUUAUACAUCCAGAUGAAUCUGUUUUGGUAAAGCAAAGUUCCUGGACAAGACAGCUUCUGAAGCAGUAUUCUUCCCCUUAUGGAGCAUAUGGCGAUAAACUUUGUAGUUAUGUUGUCCAAGAGGUCAAUGAGGCUCUUAAAUUUCCUUAUCAUGCAAAUCUGGAGCGUUUGUUAAACAGGAGAUCAAUAGAGCAUUACAAUGUAGAAGAAACAAGGAUUUUAAAAACAUCAUAUAGAUCUUGCAAUCUUGCAAACCAAGAAAUUCUAAAGCUAGCAGUAGGAGACUUCAAUAUCUGCCAAUCAAUACAUGGUGAAGAGCUCAAGCAACUUGCAAGGUGGAUUACUGAGAACAGACUAGACAAACUAAAAUUUGCAAGAAGUAAACUGGCCUAUUGUUACUUCUCCGGCGCGGCCACUCUUUUUUCUCCCGAACUUUCUGAUGCUCGCAUAUCAUGGGCAAAAAAUGGGGUGCUCACAACAGUUGUUGAUGAUUUCUUUGAUGUUGGAAGUUCUGAAGAAGAGCAAGUACACCUUAUUCAACUAGUUGAGCAGUGGGAUGUAGAUAUCAACACUUUGGGUUGUUCGGAGACAGUUAAGAUAAUAUUUUCUGCGAUUCACAGCACAAUUUGUGAGAUUGGGGAGAAAUCAGUUAAGCGGCAAGGACGUAAUGUGAAAGAUGAUGUUAUCCGAAUUUGGUUGAAUUUGAUGCAGUCCAUGCUUACAGAAGCUGAGUGGUUUAGAACAAAGGCUGUCCCAGAAAUUGAUGAUUAUAUGCAAAAUGCAUUCGUAUCAUUUGCUUUAGGACCAAUUGUCCUUCCAGCUCUCUAUCUUGUAGGACCUAAGAUUUCGAAUGAAGUUGCCGAAAGUCAUGAACUUAAUAGUCUGUUUAAGCUCAUGAGUACUUGUGGGCGUCUUCUCAAUGACAUCCAUAGUUAUAAGAGAGAAUCUGAGGAAGGGAAAUUGAAUGCAGUGACUCUGCAUAUUGUUCAUGGCAAUGGAGUUGUUACUGCAGAAGAAGCUAUUGAAAAGAUGAAGGGUAAUAUUGAGGAUAAUAGAAGAGAACUCCUGAGACUAAUUUCGCAGGAAAAAGGAAGCAUAAUUCCUAGAGCUUGCAAGGAUUUGUUUUGGAAAAUGAUGAAUGUGUUGCACUUAUUUUACAUGAAGGAUGAUGGAUUUACUUCAGAAGAGAUGCACUCUAGUGUAAAUGCAGUAAUGAAAGAGCCAAUAGUCCUUGGUGAUUUGUUGGUAGAUUCUCAGCAAAACCUUAGCCCUCUGUUAAAGCCACAAGUGGUGUGAUGCCUCAGUUCAAUUACUUCACAGACACAGCAACUGUAUGAAUAAAUGCCCCAGUUCUCUUUUGGAUGAUCACUGAAUGAAUAAAUGCCCAUUUGUGACAUAUGUGGUUGCGUGUGGGGGGGCAGGGAUGAUAGUAUCAUCUGCAAAAUUGUUUUUUUUUGGUAAAUCUGGAAAAUGGCUGUGUAUAGGUCCCCAACUAAGUAGAUCCCUAUAUAAAAUUCUUAGCAAUUUGUCCUCGAUUUAUUUUUUUAUAAUAAGUCAAAUUGUUUGUGUCGUCA